AUGGGAGCCUUAACGAAUCAAGCUCAUCUCUUCUACUCGACAUACAUCUUUGUAUGUCUGAUGUAUCCGAAUGCCGCCAGUGAGCAUGGAAGAGUCCGUUUGUCCCUGCGAGGAGGGCAGGACCCGCAGCUGAUAGCUGAGGCUCUCAGUGACUUGAAGAGGAUGAGGCGAGGGAAGCUUCCUCUGUUCCUCGAGAAGGUCAUGGACGGCUACGACGACGACCGAACGUGCAGUGAUGCUAAUUUUGAAGCGAGACCGCCUCCAACGUUCGGGCUAUCCACGGCUUCUUCAAAGCAGAGAUUUGAACAGAAGCAGGAACUCGACCCAGAGCUGACGCAGGAGGAAGAGGACAGGCUUGACAGAGAGAGGGCCAAGAAAUACUUUCAAGAGCUGGACGCUAAGUAUUUCUAUCCGCACGAGAACGUGAGCCAUAUGUAUCACCCAGAAAUCCCCCAGAGACGAUCUUUCCCCGAGGAUCCACUGGAGCGAUACAAGGAAUGCAGGAGGAUCGCUCAACAGAUCCGGCAAUACCUCAAGAACCUGCCGCCUGCCCCAAAGCCAGACACACCGGAAUAUCAAGAAUGGCUCAACAAGCACAAGUUCGAGAAAAUCAUCGACCGUGAUGGGAACAUCCUACGAUUCCAGGACCUCCCAAGGAAUGAGACUCUUGCCGAUGAGUUUGAAGUCGUUCUGAACUCAUUGACUGAGGAUCCAAACGAAUCGCCAGAUGACGAUGACGAGCUGGAUUCUGAUGAAGCCAAACGAGAGAUCUAUACCAAAGAAUGGUUGGAUGCCUACACGGUGAUGCACGAUUUGGAUCUGGCGGAUUCAAGAUACUACAUCGAGGAUCUGAUCGAAGGCGACGAGCACAAGAUUCAUGUCUACGAAGAGUUCCAGGACUAUGGGAUGCAGAAGUGGUUGGAAUUCAGAGACGGCCCCAGGUACCACGACGAGAUGGCUGAAAUCAUGUCCAACCUGGAGAAAGUCGUCAAAGAUCGGGGACUGACGUCCAAGAGCUACAACGUUCCGCGCGAGAGAGACUUGAUUAUUGACGUGGGCUCGAGUGAGACUGAAGAUGACGAGCAGUCUUCCUAG